AUGUAUUUAGGUUGCUAUUUUAUGUUACCUGCUGUGGAUGUAUUUGAUAUGUAUACAGAUAACGGCACCAAAUGUUACGCCUAUACAUCCAAUCAUACUGUCAUGUGUACAAUUAGCAUCGAUCCCAUACAAGGAGUUCUAGAGCAAGUGGCUCUGAUCGAAGCUAAUUAUGAACUAUGGAUGAAUGCCACGAUCAUGGCUGGUGCAAAUUUAAUGAAUGACGGUUAUACCUAUUACCAAUAUCAAACCGCCACAAGUAUUGUAACAAUAGCAACUAAUGGUUCGAAUCAAUUUAAUCAGGCACUAUGUCUUUGUACGAUCGAUAAUUGUAAUAUUGACAUUGCAACAUGUACAAAUGGUAUGAAUAUUCCUUCGUAUCUUCUCUCUUACAAUGGAUCAAUAAGUACUUCACAAGGUACUACUGUAUCGUCUAGCUCAACAACGAGAUUGAUGAACAGUAGUUCAAGUUCCUCUCCUACGAUCACCGGAUCAUUGACAGCGGCAUUAACAACUACUUCUGGUUCCACCAUCGGUAGUACAAAUACUGCGUCUACAAACAAACCAUCGAGUUCUUCAAGUGAGAUAAUCUUUGUCCCUAAAACCAUAGACAACAUUUUAUUAAUUUUUUGUCCUUUCUUAUUUCAGGCAUCAAGUACAAUCAAUCUUUCAUAG